AUGGGUGAUAAUAUAAAGAGAAUCAAGUUUUAUUUUGUGAUAUUUUGUGUCCUGAUUUGUUUUCCAGAUACUCGUAGUACUAAUACAAGUACAGUAUGUUAUGGACCCCCUGGUCUAUCAUGUACAACUCACAAACUAUCUUGUACCAGUCCUCUAGUAAUACAGAUAAUAAAUACAUCAUAUGGAUAUAGAUCAGGAUGUAAUGAUACAGAAGGUAACACUGAUUGUAAUACAACAUGUUGUGACGAAGAAACUGGUGAUUGUUUUGUACCAUUUCCAUCUUCAGAUGAACAACAAGUAGUAAAGAGUUGUAAUGGAAAUGUAAAUUGUUCACUACCAGGAUAUCGUAGAUAUAACACAGUUAAUACUGUAUGUAAUAGUAGCAAUGUUAGUGCUUACAGUAAAAUAAAAUAUGAAUGUGUUAAAGACGGUACAACUAUUAUCACUCAAACAACUGAAAAAAUUACAUCUGAGGUGACACAGGCACCAGAGGAAAGCACUAUCUCUUCUACCACACAAUAUUCACAGUGUCCUAUGGUACAAAGUGACAGUAAAUUCAAAUACACUUUUCUCUGA